CGCACUGUUAGCAUGUAUAUGUAAUAUGUACAUUAAUCGUUGUACAUAUAUAUACGUUUGCAUAUCACAAACAGCCAGCAACGCUAGCAUACGACAAGCUGAUUUAGAUAAAACAGAAAAAAACAACGACCGAGUCAUAGUAAACAUCAUUAAAAUGUUAUUAAAUGCUCUGAAUAGUUGACCUAAGAUGGUCAUUUGAUAAGAAAAUAUACACACAUUUGUAGCAAUUUAAUUAAUCAUGAUAAAAAUUUCUAAUGUAGUCAUUACAUCAAAAAGUCAUUGUACCUUAUAAAAUUUUUUCUAAAUGCUAUGAAAUGAUAGAAAAUGCAAUGAUGAGUUGUUUAUGAAGUACUUCCUUAUGAAACAGCAAUAUGAAGAGUUCUGAAAGUAGUAAAUCCUUCAUAAGAGAGGUAGACAAUGAGAGCUGUCAAUCAGAAAAUAAUACAGAUGAGGAUAAUCCAAUUGUUGAUUAUGAAGACAAUGAACCUUUUAUUAAACAUCAAAUUCCUGUUGACAGGUAUAAUAUAGCCUUCUUAGUUUUUUAUUUACUUGGAAUAAAUACUUUAAUUCCCUGGAAUUUUUUCAUCACUGCUGAUGAUUACUGGAAGUAUAAAUUUAGAGAAAUCAAUGAAAGCGAACCACAUAUCUCCAACUUGAGUCGUAUGGAUCUUUUAAGUAAAAGAACAGAUCUGCAAGCUAGCUUUACAGCUUAUCUUAGUGUUUCGAGUGCAAUCCCAAAUUCGUUAUUUUUGAUAAUAAAUGCAUUUAUUAGUAAAAAGUUAUCAUUGAGUACCAGAAUGAUUGGUUCUCAAGGAGUAAUAUUAGCUGUAUUUAUUGUUACAACUUCGUUUGCCAAAGUCAAUACAGAUAAAUAUCAAAAUACUUUUCUCAUUAUUACAUUGACAAGUGUGGCAAUUGUAAAUGCUGCAAACGCCAUUUUUGGAGGUAGCUUAAUGGGAGUAGCUGGAAAAUUUUCAUCCAAAUACAUCACUGCAAUGUCGAGUGGUCAAGCGUUGGGUGGAAUUUUCACUGCACUGACUGAAAUACUUUCAUUGUGGAUCGGUGCUAAUCCAAUCAGCUCAGGAUUAUUAUACUUCACAAUAGGCGAUGUAGUGCUAUUGCUAUCUCUUAUUUCUUACAUAAUUUUAGAAAGAGAGGUAUUUUUUAAACAUCAUGUGAUUAUUGGUACUGAAGUUACCGUGCAGUCAGAGUUUUCAAUCAACAAUGAAAAUAAUUUUUCUGGGGAAUCCAUAUCUUAUUCGUCUAUUCUUAGAAAAACAUGGCCCUACGGAUUAAGUGUUUUUUUAGUGUUUUUUUUUACAAUAUCAGUAUAUCCUGCUGUAACAGUAUUAAUAGAAAGUCAAGGAAAAGGUCAUGGUAUUUUGUGGAACGAUGUUUAUUUUGUGCCUGUUGUAACGUAUUUGAUUUUUAGCUGUGGCGAUUAUGUUGGUAGAAUCAUAUCUGGAAUGAUUAUUUGGCCAAAGAAAAAGCCUGGUUUAUUGGUAUUUUUGAGUUUACUAAGAUUAUUGUUUAUACCUGCAUUUCUGUUUUGCAAUGCUCAACCACGACAUCACUUACCUGUUUAUAUUCACAACGACGUAAUAUACAUGGUGCUUACAUUUGUAUUUGCUCUCACUAAUGGAUAUUUUUGUAAUGUUUCAUUUAUUUUAGCACCCACGGUUGUUGAUGAAAACGAAAGGGAGAUUGCAGCUGCCAUGUUAGGUGCCUUUAUUGGUGUUGGGCUUACUGCGGGAUCAACUUUAAGUCUUUUGAUAGUGAAACUGUUGUAAAAAAAAAUCACUGCUGAAGUAUCUUUUCAUAUGAAAAAUUAUUUGAAUGAAUUAUA